GAGAAACUCCAGACUCCUCCUCCUCCUGCCGCUGCUGCCGCUGCUGGUGUGUGAACCCCGGGACUCUGCUGAGGAACCGAGUCUGGAUCUCUGUGCUCCGCGGUUUGAGUUCUGUUCAGAGCGGGUUUAUCGAGUUCAGGCGGAGGUGGAGUGAGGGCCGGCGGGUCCGCGGGGCUGUGCGGUUGGUGCGUGGUGUUUCUGAGAGAGCUCUGGAGCGGGUUGGAGCCUCAUGGCUGCGGUGAAGGCUCUGCAGCAGUGGUGUCGGGUUCAGUGUGAGGGCUACAGGGAUGUGGCGAUCACCAACAUGACCACGUCCUUCAGAGACGGCCUGGCCUUCUGCGCUCUCAUCCACAAACACAGACCCGAGCUGAUAGACUUUGACUCCUUAAGUAAAGAGAAUGUCUACGAGAACAACCACCUGGCUUUCCGGGUGGCGGAAGAGGAGCUGGGCAUUCCUGCGCUGCUGGACGCUGAAGAUAUGGUGGCUCUAAAAGUACCUGACCGCCUCAGUAUUCUCACCUACGUCUCCCAGUAUUACAACUACUUCCAUGGCCGUAAUCCAAUUGGGGGAAUGGCCGGAAUUAAAAGGCCAGCCACGGAGUCCAUCGAGGAGCAACCUGGAAAGAAGAACCAGGCGGUCACAGCUAAAGUAUAUGGACCUCCUAAACCAGAAACGGAAAAUAAGAGAGACGUUUUGGUGGAGCGGUCAAAUAAAUCGGGGACCUUAAGCAGCAACUGCAACGUCUGCAACAAACACGUCCACCUUGUACAGCGCCAUCUUGUGGACGGCAAACUCUACCACAGGAACUGCUUCAAGUGCAACGAGUGCUCCAACAUUCUUCUGUCUGGCACUUACAAGCCUGGGAAAGAGCCGAACACGUUUAUCUGCAAGACUCACUCAAACACACUGAAGCCUCCAUCUUCCCCGGCUGCACCGGUCACACAGACUUCACCCAGAAUCAAAGAAACACCACCAACCUUCAGGAUCACACCUCCCGCCCCGACCGACCAGAAUUCCCCUCCUCCAGCAGGUCUGGUGAAGAGCUCCACUCCGUAUAAACCAAACAAUACGUGGCUGUCUGGUAAGACUGAUAACUCCUCUAGCCCUACACCCACCCCCCGGUCUAAGCCCCCACCAGCACGCUCUGAACCUGUCACCAUAACUGUGAAGAGUCCUCAGGAUCAGAAACCACGCACAGAGUCCCCAAAACCUCCCAGCAGCACAGUGAUAAAGAACCAGGAGGCCAGACUGAGGUUCUUUGAGUCGAGCACUGGUCCUGGGAGUACUGGGAGUACUGUGUCAGUCACCAAAUUUGGCACAGCAAGCCCAAUCAUUGGAAAAUCUAGUGCAAUGACUGACCCACCGAAGGACGCAGGAGCUGCAGGAGCUGGCGGUGUCACUGGUAAAGGCAGGGUUCUGCUGCGGCCGUCAGACUGGGCCAAAGACAAGGAUAAAGAAAAGGAGAACGAGAAGGAGAAAGCCAAGUCCGUCAUUAGCAAGCUGGUGAUUGAGGACACCAACAAAAGCAGUAGCUCAGCUUGGCGGUCGAGUGGCCUGAAAACAACUAAUAGUACCAGUAGUAAUGUUUCUCCUGUGGAUGCCGGCAGUAAAAGCCCCUCUGGUAGAAUCCGUCUCAAACCACUGGAGGCAGAUCUGGACCUCAGUGCCACGCCCACUUCAACUAAAACACACAGCUGGAGCAGAACUAAAGAUAAAGAGCCAUCAAAUGCAGCGUCUACACCACUUGCUACUAACAGAGAAGCUGACAAGGCACCUUCUGACUGGAGAGCGAUGCUCAAGCCUAUCGCCAAGGAUACAAAAUCCGGAACCCCUAAAACCAUCACACCAGCCAGUGUACCGAGUAAAACACCUGUUUCUGUGACUCUUCCUACAACACCGAGCUCAAGUAGCUCUGGGUCUUCUGGUCCUGCACCUUCUGUCCUUUCCCCCAUCUCUACAAGUGGUGAAAGCCCGAGAUCUCCUGUGACCAGCCCACACAAAAACGGAACAUCAGCUUUCACUAAAGAUUCCAAAACCGGCAGCAACUCUACUCCAGAGAAAACACCCGAACAGCCUAAGCUGAAUCCUAACUACAUUCCUAAAGAAGAGAUCAUGCAAGAGCUGAAAGAGAUUGAGAUGAAUCUGGAUGAGCUGGAGAGGAAAGGAGUAGAGCUGGAAAAGCAGCUCAGGAACUCUGAGGAGGAAGAGGGUGAAGAGGACACGUUAAUGAACGACUUAAUGGUGGACUGGUUCAACCUCAUCCGAAACAAGCAGGUUUACAUGCGCCGAGAGUCUGAGCUGGUCUACAUAGCAAGAACCCAGGAUCUGGAAGAAGAGCAGCCUACUGUGGAGGCGGAGCUUCGGAAACUGAUGGAAACACCAGAGCACCUGAAGACAUAUAGAGAGCGUAAGCGAGAGGAGGAGCUGAUGGCGAAGCUGGUGGAAAUCGUAAACGACCGUAAUGCCAUUGUGGAUGGGCUGGAUGAGGACAGACUGAGGGAGGAAGAGGAGGAUGAGCAGUUAAAUAAAAUGCUGCAGAGCUUUGACAUGAAAACUGACAUUAAGAAGGAGAAAAAGAAGAAGUCGCCAAUGUCCAAGUUGUUUGGGUGGAAGUCGAAGGCCGAGGCUACAGGAAGCUGAUCCACCAGCAAGAGUGGUGCAUGAUGGGACUGUUUUCUAUGGAAAAUUUAUUUUGCCAAACUUUUAAACUUGUAAAACCUGAUAUGAGAAUGUGUAGAAGAAGAGCUUAAAAACUAAAAUCUCUACUUUAAUUUUAAUAGGAGAAGCUGUAAACUGUAGAUUGUAGUUUUGAUUUGAAGCUGUGCUGCUUUGUUUUAAGGGUUGCCAACUCAAAAUAUUACGUUCUGUUCAGAUUUUACUUUAGGAUAUCAUAUCACAAAGUCCUCAUAUUUAAAAUACAAAUAAAAAUCUUAAUUUAACAAAACAUAGUACAGGUUUAAGUUCUCAGAUCAAGUCUUACAGGUAUUUAAGUUUUGCAACAUAAUUACAUCCAUAGUUUUUUUUUUUUUUACUUUUUUUUUUUAAUGGAUGCUCAUGUAAAAUUUGUUGUAUAAUUCCAAGCAAGUUUAAAGCAUUUCUAUUGGUCCAUUUAUCAAUAAUUAUUUACAUCAAAUCAAAUUAAAUAUAAAACCAAAAACUAGAUUCAUUAAAUGCCAACAAUAUGGAGUAUUAAUGACAAAAUAAAUUAGGAAUACUAGUAAAGAAUAACUUUUCUUUUAAGGAUUGUUUAGUUUUAGCACAAACUACAUUAAUAUUACAUUAUUUUAUUUGUAAUAAUAAAAAUAAAUGUUUUAAGCCACUGUCUUAAAAUAUUAGAAAAAAAUGUCUGGCAUUCAUCUACAUUUUUUUCUUGCAAGAUUUCAUGUAAAAACUUUGUUUGCUUGUUUUUUUUUUUAAGGCAUUAAACUUUUCAGGUUUCCAUUCAUCACUGAAUUACCAUUUUUGGUAGAAAUAAUUUGAUGGAUUUGGUGGAAUUUCCCUUCAGUUUUUAAAGCACUAAUAAAUGUCAUUUUAAUGGUUUGUUUAGCGUGUCACUCUGAUGGGAAAUGAUGAUUUUUUUCCUUAAUAGCACUACCAAGCUUUAAAUCACAUGGGGAUUAUUUCUGAAUUAACUCUUAUGUUUAAGUCUGAUAUAACAUGAGUAUUAUAUUUGAAGAAUUUUACAUUUUAUUGAUUCAUAUUGAAUCCAGCUUAAAUCCAGAAUGAAUGAUAAAAUUCCAGCCUCUCCGCCUCACUGUUCUUCUAUUGUAGUUUUAUUUAGGAUGGAUAAUUAUGUCCUCGUUUUAUAUGGGGCGUAUUUUUUCUUGACUAUUUUGUGAUAAAUCAGCUCUAGAAUUGGAAUCUUCUUAGUAUCGUUUUUAGUGUACAUGUAUACUGUGUCCAGCAGGAGGCGCUCAGCUCUUAUUGUAGAAUCUCUGCAGUUUCUAGGUGAGGAUUAUUGAGAUGUAGGACAUGUGUAGAUUAUUCAAAACCAACAUAAAAUAUACGAAACACAGAUAUGAUGUGCCAGUAUUUCUGACAAUUAACUUAUUAGUAUUGGUUUAUAUUAAAAUAUUUUUGCAAAAUGUUGUCAAAAUAUAUAUUUUUUUGUCUUAAAAAAAUCUGAAACAUUUUAAUGAUGUUUGUUACCCCAGAAUGUUCCACCGCCAUGAUCAUAACUUUCUGCGUACUACCCACAUGUAAAUGAAAAUAAAGUUA